AUGUGUAGUCUGGCACUUUUAGAAAGCUUCUGUGUGCUUGUGCAAAAGCAGCUUAGGGAUGGUCCGGAAGGCAGAGUUUGGGGAUCAGUGGGAAAAAUCUUCAAUGAGGUAACAAGCAUUAACAACAUGCCAACCUCGAACAGGACUGCUCGUCAGGCGGAGCGUAAUCCUUGCGAUGAUUGCUGCGCUCCAGGACCUCCUGGACCACCAGGAGCACCAGGAAGACCCGGAAGGCCUGGUCAACCAGGUGCACCUGGAAUGCCAGGUGCUCCAGGAAGACCACCAGCACGAGUUUGUGAACCGAUCUCACCGCCCCCAUGCAAGCCUUGCCCACCAGGACCGCCGGGUCCGCCUGGACCUGUAGGCCCACAAGGACCGCCUGGCCCUCCCGGUCAAGCGGGUGUAGCUGUAGGUGUAGGAUUAGCAGGGCCACCAGGGCCUAAA